GUCUUUUCUGACAUCGCACACAGCCUGAUUAGCCAUCAAUAACAAUCUACGCCCUAUCCCAGUAGUUUAUCACAUCCCGGAAUAUCCUUGUCCAUUCGACACAAGAUAUUUCCUUGCUGCGUGCCAUUUAAAUACUACAUUUUUCAUUCCCACCAUACUACCCAUAAGCUUACAUACGUUUUGCUAAGUUACGUUGCAGAAGGGAAUGGUUUGAAACCGUGUAAACAAGGGGAGAGUUCUCCUCAAGCUGGUAAGCAGGGUGUUCGGCAUACGGUGAAAUUAAAAGGCAGGAAAAUUUGUUGCUGUUCCGUUAAUGUGCAUCAUUGGACAAACAUGAGGGAAAGGGCACCGCCAUAAAUGCCCAAAUGAGGCGUUUGAUUGGACUGCACGUUGUAACAGCCGAUACAAUUUGGUCGGACGCAACGGUGAAGCAGCAGCUAGGUGCGGUAGCGAGCAAAAAAGUGUACCAUAUUUUUUGGUAAAAACAAUUGCAACAGCGGCAUAAAGCAGACGUGACUACCGGUAUGAAGGUACAAUACUGGAUCGGUGUGAUAGCAGCAAUUUUAUGUGCCGUGUGCGUUUAUUCGCCCAUUUUCCUGUACUUACUCCUGUUCGUCAUCUACUCGCUGGUACUGAUUACUGUCGCGGUGUUUGGAACUAUCUAUGUGCAUUAUAAAUUGACAAACCGUGAAUCAGUCCCGUACGUAAACCAAGGUCAAGACGAACAAACAAAUGUCCUUUACAAUGCCACCAGAUCGGCCAUUUUUGGGAAAAAUGGUUCUCCCGGAUCAUCUCCCACAACGCGCGCGUUUGGUGGCCGUGGUACAACCGGUGCCGGUAGUGGAAGCUCCACCACAGCUUCUGCCAGUACCGGUCAGCUGCCAAUCAUUUUUGGCCGCACGGUUGACGGACUGCUGCAGCAAAUCAUCGAUAAUACGAUGCGGGAUCUAGUAGGACCCGCCCUAGAGACGGUGGUGGCGAAUCCGCGCCGCAUCGUAGAGUUGUUGCGCGAGGAUAUUUGGCUCGGUAUAGAGAAGCUGCACGAACGAGCGGCCCGCAUCGAUGCACCGAAACUUAUCGCAUGCGACUUCGUACUGAAAGUGACAAUGCACCUGCAAAAGAUACGCCGAUCGACCAAGCACGAAACAACGCCGGAUGCGUUUGCCAAUGCUAGAAAUGAAUCCAUUUUGACUGCAUCGUAUCUUGCCACGACGGAGAAAGAGCUCGAUUUUCUAAAAAAGAUAAGUGAGAUACUUAUUAUAUUUCUUCUACCACGUGGAUACUCUCUAUCGCCCGUCAAAGAUUUGCUCAGCGAAGUGAUCGCUUACCGUGUGCUGCAUCCCGCCAUACGGUAUGUGACGGCACCGGACUUUAUAAACCAACAGAUCGUGGAGUGUAUCGAGACGCGUCUGGUGGCGGUUGCGAUACAAAAGCGUAGCCACGAGUAUGCAGCAAACUUUGAGGAUUUUUUACACAUCAUCGAUAUGACGCAAACGACCGAAGAGUUGCACUCGAUACGGGCGAGUAUUGUGAGCGAUAUACGGCAGGCAACGACUAUGCAGGCGAUGCAGCGUGCACGGGGCGGGUUUACGAUACCGCCGUGCGACUCAACCGGUUCGUCGGGCGCUUCCAGCACGUCCGAAAACGGUGGACACAGUGAUGGUGAACCGGCGGCUACACUACGGCUCAAGCGUUACAUUCAGCAGCUUUCGUUUGCAAAAAGCCAGUGCGAAAAGUGUUUGACGCGGCUCGGUUGGGAGGGAAGCGUUAGCAAUGAUGUCGAUCUGGCGCUGGCCGACAUUCUAUCCACGGUAGGUGGUCGACGGGCUUUAACCGCAUUUCUUGAACCGAUGAAUGCUGCUAGCCUUGUUGGGUAUUAUACGACCGUGGAAGAAUUGCGCCGUGCUGCACGUUCUGCCUGGCAUCAACUUGGGGCGGAAAUUUUUUACACCUACAUCCGUGCACCCAGCUCGGAGAUCCCGCUGGAUAAGGUAACGCGUAAACGUAUGGAAGCAUUUCUGGUCGGUGACAUCGGUGGUCCCGAUGUGUUCUACGAAGUUCAGCGCGAGUGUUUGGCACUGUUGGAGCAAAAGUAUUAUCAAUCCUUCCUGCUGAGCGACGAAUAUUUGCGAUUGAAAAGUUCCCUGACGCAGGAUGAGUUUAAGGAAAUCAUUACAUCGUGCGGUGGAAACCCAGCGGGCAGCAUGGAUGUGGGUGCUGAGUUGAGUGGAUCGCUACAACACGCCAGUCACGAUAGUCAGGAAAGUCAGGACAGUGGCGGUAGUUCGGUGAAUGGUAGCGAUGGUAGCACCGAUCCGGCGCUGGCAGAUCUUAGUAAUCAUUCGCAGUACGCGAGAAACAAGCUGGAUCGUUUGGACGAGAAGCUAGCGAACAAGCAGCAAGCGCUGGAAGCGUUAAAACAAUCGUUAAAACCAGAUUCCAAGCUGCUGCUGAUGUUGGAGCGUGAGAUUGAAUGGUUGCGGGGUGAAAGGCGUCAGCUAGAGUCACACCUGUUGCGUACCGCUGUUUGGGGCGAGUAUCUCGGCAGCUGGCGUGCGAUAGUGGAAAGUGUGGACUUUUCCGAUGAUCGGGAACCGCCGCAGUUCAUGAUCGUGGUACAGGUGGACGAGAUGAAUGAUUACGGUGGUGGGACGCGUGAUGAUACGGUCGUCAUGACUGCGCUGGAGGCUACCGAUACUAUCUCGACCGGGUGGGUUGUGGUACGUUCGUUGGCCCAGUUUCAUACGCUGCAUCGUAAAUUGCGCCCGAUGUGUGCGGAACUGCGCCAACUCGAUCUACCCUCGAACAAUGCGUUUAAGCUGUUUCUGCUGAAGAAUGAUCGGGCAUUGUUGGAGAAAGCGAAAGCACAGGUGCAGCGUUACCUUAGCUUCAUUCUUGAGGAUGAUCACCUGAAUCAAAGUGAGGUUGUGUAUGAAUUUUUAAGCCCAAGUUCGGACCGGUUGAAGCAGGGCGUAAUAGCCAACAAUCCAUCACCGUCGAAGAAAGCAUCUUCCAAAUUUUCGCUAGCCACUAUUUUCCGCAGCAAUAGUGACAAGCUGGAACAGCUGUGGAAUGUAGGCGGUACGGAACGUCCGUUCGUUGGAGACCACCAUGAUGCUUUUACACCGGAAGAUGCCGAUCAGGUGUCGCUGUAUCUUGAGGGUGGACCAGCUAGUGGAGUGUCAUCGACUGCUACCCCAUCGAUUGACGGUACGUCGGUAGAGGCACGGGACUCGAUAGCCGAACCGCUGUACGCUCUGCUUGGGGAGAUAUUCGAUCUUGGUGGUGUUUUCCGGUGGUUGCGCAAGAGCCUAAUUUCGUUCGUGCAGAUUACGUACGGUCAAACGAUUAAUCGACAGCUGCGUGAAUCGAUCACAGCCCUGUUCGAUGAGCCAAUGCUGCACGCGUACGCCAGUGCCGUGCUGCGCAGUUUGUGGCCUGGUGGUGCAUCACUCCAAACAAACAAUGCCGUUGGGGGCGUCCGACUGCUAGCGACUGAACGCAGCGAAGAUGAGCGAGAGAUGAUCAUGAACGCUGCUAGAUCACUAUUACAGGACAACAUACCGGAAUUGCUUUGCAGCUUAAUCGGGGCACAGAAUGCACGCCAAGGUGCACUAAAACUGUUCGAGGUGUUACAGAAUCCGCUGUACAACAAGCAGCUGUUUUACGAUCUGCUCGAAACACUGAUGCUAGAGCUGUUUCCCGAAAUUCGACAGCUUAAACCUACGGCGGGCAGCAAUAGUAGCAAUCCGAUCGUCUCAACCAACAACAGCGGUGAUAGUAGCAGCAGCGCUAGCGUACAGCCACGAGAAUAUUAUCAUCAACCAUCCGGCGUUUCGCCAACCUCUUCACCGCCAACACCGAUGGGGGGUGGGGUCGGUUCCGCUUCGGGUACACCCAUUAGAAGCAUAUCAUAAGGACACGCAAUCGAAUUUGAACUUUGUACUGCUGUGAGAAACAAUCCAUAUUUGUGGAUGAUGUGGGAAAAUUUUCUACAACGGGGGCCUCCUUCGUUGAGUAUUGAUUAAUGUUUUAACUUCUUUGUAAUUGGUGCAAAACAUUUUGCUUUAAUAUUGUAUUAACUUAGUAUUAUUUAGUAUUUUUUUCCGGAUUUUGGGGUUAGUUGUUUGUUAUUUUGUGUUGUAAGAUUUGCAUCAUUAUUUUGCUUUUUUGUUUUUUUUUUUGAAAAUUGUGAUUGAACUGUGGCUAUGAACUGAGGUAUUUAUCGGGCUAUGAACUAUACAGAGGCUUAAAAGUAUUAAACAAUUUUGCACAAAUAUGUACAGUAUUUCGACAACAGAAACUCUUUUCGUUAACGGAACUAAUAACGAAUUGAUUUAAUUGCAAUAGUUUGCCAUCUAUCAAUUUAAUACUUAUUGGAAGCAUCCUCAAUGUUGGUGCAUGUGGUAUCCUUAAAAAAAACUAGUCUAAACUAAAUUGAAUGUUGCAAAAAGACAUAAGUAUUUAGUACGCUUGAUUGUGUUGUAGCAUUAGGUAAUUGGAUUUGUUUAAAAAAUUGUGUUUUUUGCUGCUUUAAAUGAGCAAAAACCAUUUCACGAGUUUAUAGUUUAAAUGAAGUCAACUGAUUUUAAAAUUCCAAAUAGAAUGCCAAUAGAACUUAAAUCAUACAUUCCUUUGACGAUGUGGUUAAACAUUUAAAGAUGUGUAUACAUACGUCCAGUUAAAUACGCACUGUGAGAAAGUGUUUUGCGAAGGAAGUGUAAUAUUUAAUAUGACUCACUAACACCUGCCGAUCAACUGGUUCAGCCCUCACCUUUUCGCGGUGCAAUUUAGCCUGGAUGAUUAACGUACUGUAUUAUUUACAUGAAUAUUGUACAGCAACUUAGCGUACUGCUAAUUAACGGUAACGCGGGCCUUUUGCUCGUUUAUAUGUUAAGGGUAUUAACACUGGAAACUGAAUGUCUGAAUGGCUUUUCUUCUCUAUCCCACCCUAUGUCAUGCGGAAAAGCAUUAAGUUUUAUAUUCUCCCAUACUGCUCCUGGGGGGAGGGGGGGGGGGGGGAUACUGAUUCCGAAGGAACGCGAUGAAGUGUAUCUAAUUAUAAGUGGAUGUUGCAAAUCCCAAUGUGAUUGUCGGUGAUUAGUAGGCAGGCGUGUUUAUGUGCAACAACAUAAUAAAGAACAAACCCAAAGCAAGUACUUCGUGAUGCCCCUUCCAUUAUGCUUUUAAAUGUGCUGUGAGUGAAUCAAACUACAACCGUGUGCAAGAUUUAUGAGCUGAUAGAAAACGAAAACAAUGAUAAUAAUAAAGAUGUAAUAAAAUUAAAAUUAAACUACAUGAAAUGUUUGUAUUCAUGCUUUAAUACCU